AUGUCCAAAUCUUGCCUUUUCCCCUCUCUCGCAGUCGAGCUCGUCGAGCUUAUCGCUGGUGAUGUGGAUACCGAAAGCCUUUUACGACUACGUCUAGUCUGUCGCGAUCUACAGAAGAAAACCUUCAACCAUUUCGCACGUCGGUGUUUUUCCACUAUCAAGACCGAUCUCUCAGAAGAAAGUCUGGAUCGCAUUAACGCGCUCUCCCAUAAUAAAGCGUUGCGGCCUCAUGUGAAUGGCUUAGCAUUUAUGCUCCAGAAUGGAGUGGGUCGUGGCUUGGUGUGGGAUCGUCAUCCGUGGGGUCCUUUAUCCGCUCCGAUGGAAGUGGAAGCAAUACAGCGAUUUCGCGAUAACUUGGUGAAUCAUCUAACAAACUGUCGCUCAUUCUUCAUUUUUUGUCGCUAUCCUGAAGGCCAUCCCGAUAUGAAUCGCGUCACCAUCACCGAUGCCGUCGCCGUCUUUUUCGCUCUCGUUGUCGACUCCCGAUUACCAGUCUCUUCCUUUCACUUGAUCUAUGCGAAUCAACAGUCUCGAACCCUGAUGAUGGAUAUGCGCCGCUUGCCAAAACUCCUCUAUCGACAACCAAAGUUCAGAAUAGUUUGGUCAAACUUGCAGAAACUCUCCUUGGAGCAGUAUCUGACCCUCGAUAACUUCGGCUUUCUUCUGGAGCUCGUCUUAAGUGCCCCCAAUCUCAAAACAUUAUUACUGAACUUGGGAUCCCACGACUUAGCGGCCGAAUUUAUGCAUGAGCUAGCCGAGGCGGCCUCGUUCUCACAAUUGGAAGAACUAGCUCUAUUCCGCACAGCCGUGAGAGCGCCGGAUCUUCACGUGCUCAUCAAUGGCCUACGUGGAACUUUACAGACUCUCACUUUCUAUCAUGUUUCUUUGGCCCCAGAUGACAGCUGGCCAUCGGUUUUGAAGGACCUCAGUCAUGAUUUCCUGGCUCUGCGGAGGGUGUCUUUGUAUUACCUCUGGAACAGCACCCCGGCUACACAGCUAAUAUCCUUCCCUGAACUUCAAAAGGCACCACUUAUCUGUGAAACACCUGUCCAGCGUCUUCAAAUGUUUUAUUCGGAAAAUCCGAAAAGUCCGGCUGUUCUAGGCGUGGAGUAUUCGGGUCCGAAGAUGUCUCAGUUCCUCGGCUUGCUACAGAAAACAGCUAUCUGUACCUGA